CACUGAGAGUGAAGAGUGAAGACUGAGCUGGGAGCGGAGCGGAGCGGCGGGCUGGUCAAAGCCCUAGCCUUUGUCCGGUCAAACCAAAUCGAUCCCCUUUCCCCGCCGCGGAAUUGGUCUCGCCUCCGGCCCCCGGGCGGCGGCGGUGGCGGUGGCCGGCGGGCGAUGAAUCCCGACCUGUCCCGGUGCGCCAGGCACCCGUCGCAGCCGCCCUUCACCGGCUUCUGCUCCGCCUGCCUCCUCGAGCGCCUCUCCGCCGCCGCGCUACCGGCCACGCCCCCGGCCCCCUCCCCGUCCCCCCUUCCCCCUCCUCCUCCUCGCCCGGCCGCGGCGGCGGCUCAUGAGGGGGAGGGGCGGACCACGCUGCUCCGGCUCUUCCAGCUCCACGACCAGCAGGACCGGCCCGCGCCGGUCGGAGCUGGAGACCAAGAUCCCGAGCCCAGGGCCGAGCCGGAGCCGCCGCCACCGCUGCAGCGGAAGCGCUCCCUCCGGCAGUCCUGCGAGUGGAUCGCCUGCUGCGAGCACGGCCACGACCCCGCCUCCUGGCUCCCCUCCCGCCAGUCCUGGGACGCCAACGACUCCGCCUCCGCCUCCGCCUCCGCCUCCGCCUCAACCUCCGCCGCCGCCGCCGCCGCGUCCAGCACCACCGCCCCUGCCUCGGCCUCCGCGCUCGUGCUCCACCCCAGCACAAGCAAGGCCUCGCUCAGGCCGUGGUGGGACCGCACCCGCCGGGCGGCGAACCCGGUGGCGGGCUUCCUCAGCAGAUCCCUGUCCUCCCAGUCGUGGCGGGAGACGGACGCCGCGGCGAGGUCCCGGGCGCAGGGCCACGCCGCGGCCCGGGUCAACGGGGGCAGCCACUCCGUGUCGUCGUCCGCGGGCGGCGUCGACUCCGAGGUGUCGCCGGCAGACUCGCUGCACGCGCAUGUACAUAGCGCCGGCCGCCGCGACUCCCUGCUCAGGAGGUUCUACUGGCUCGGCCGCAGCAGCAGCGUCCACUGCCCGUCGCCCCGCCGGAGCCCCGACACCGGAAUGCUGCGCUUCCACCGCACCCCUUCCACCACCAGGAGCAAGACCCAAGCGAGGAGGCGUCUCCACCUCUUUCCUGCUCGCAGUCACAGACAUCAGCAGCAACAACAUUAGCCAUGGACCGAGAAAUGUUUCUCCUGCUGCAGGCUCAAUGUGUCCUGGUCCUGGUGUAAAGGCCAUUCAAGUUAACCAAAUGUUGCUCUUCCAUGUUGUCACAAGGAUGUUUCAGGUUCACCAUCAAUUCAGAAGUUGUCUUGGUCGUGGUUUGCCGAUAUUUCGCUGCUGGCGACAGUAAUCAGGCUGCCAUAUUGGACAGCAUCGCGACCGACGGUGCCUGUGAGUGGAAGACGCACGCCAAAAUGUCCCCUCAUUGGUAACUUGUAGGUGUUAAUAAUUCGUCCCAUUCUUUGUACUAUGUAUGUUAUACAAUAAACUGCUGGAUCCAGAAACUGAAAUAGAAGCUGAUAAUAGCUGACCCUGUUCGUUCA